AUUUUGAAGUAGCACUUCCGCUUUUACCGGUAGCUGCCGUUUGAAUCCCCUCGUUAACUUGAGAUGACCGUCCACAACCUGUACGUGUUCGACCGCAGCGGCGUCUGUCUGCACUACAGCGAAUGGAACCGCAAGAAGCAGGCGGGCAUCUCCAAGGACGAGGAGUUCAAGCUCAUGUAUGGAAUGCUCUUCUCAAUCCGCUCCUUCGUCAGCAAGAUGUCUCCUCUCGAUAUGAAAGACGGCUUUGUGUCCUUCCAGACAAGCCGCUACAAGCUCCACUACUACGAGACACCGACAGGAGUGAAGGUGGUCAUGAACACCGACCUGGGCGUUCCCAACUGCAGGGACAUCCUGCACCAGAUCUACAGCACGCUUUAUGUGGAGUACGUGGUGAAGAACCCGCUGUGUCCUCUUGGGGAGCCUAUACAGAGUGAGCUCUUCAGCACCCGCCUGGACUCCUUUGUGAGAGCGCUGCCCUUUUUCAGUGCACGCGCUGCCUGAGCAGGACUGGGGUGGAAAGCAGCUUCACAUACGGACCUUCAGGGCAAGGAGGCGGUGAAAACCAAAUGGAAAAAUAUUUUAUGUACAUUGGGAUUUACAGAAACAUGUUCCCCCACCUCACUCUCUCACACACACACACACACACACACACACACACACACACGUACAUGUUCACAUUCACGCUGAACACCUGGCGAGAUGUUGCUGGAGGCACCAGAGUGAAGAGGCAGCGCAGUGAUGUGACUGGUGAGAGAAAUGUCCUGAUGCAUGCUGGGAGACUGACUCGCUCACUCACUGCCGAGUGUGUCUUUAAAAAAGUGCUGUUUCUAUUUAUACUGUACUGACAUUUGGACCAUUUCCUGAAUUAGAAUAAACGUUCAUACAGCAGCAGUCAUAACGCGAGACACCUGUUCACAUGAAGUUCUGUGGAUCACUGGAUAAGUAAAUUCAGUGUCUCCUUUCCUGUUCUCUGUGCUAAAUAUAUGCAUAGUUAUGCUAAUCUGAAAAGUCGUGACUUUACCAUUUAUGGAUUGCUUUUGAGUCCACAGAGGCUGUUUUUGUGCAUCUGAAAAAAGUUCUGUUUUUAUUGCACAAACCUACAAACAUGAAUCCAGACCCUUAAUCUGUGAUGAUUAAAAAAGAAAUAUAACAA